UGUAUACCGUCACCCCCCGUGGACUAGAGAAUGUAACCCAGAAGUCCAACCAAAGGGAACACCCCCAUUUGUGAAUUGACUUGCAAUACUCAAUCGUAAAGAUGAUAUUCCACAAACCUAAAACCUCUUUCAUAAGAUCAUUUUUCAAUGGGGGACUUCGUCCCACGAGACUAAUCCUGCUCAAAGAUAUUUUCUAUCAUUCAAUCUAUCAAGGUUUAGUAGUUGCCUUGUAAAUAUAUUUUUAUAGAUAGGAUUUCCCUUAAACAUCCUCAACGAAUUCUUUCCUUGCUAAUGGUCCAAUGACAGGUGCAGCUUGCUACUAGCUUAAAUCCCCUCAUACAUGCUUACCUAAUAUAACAGUACUAAUAGUACAUUCAAGGUAAUCGCACCUACCUUCAGACAUUGAAGAGGUGGUGAAAUAGCAGUUUGAAUCGGAAGGCACGCUAAAUAUAGUGACUACAUGAAGGGAAAGUUUGCUGUUUUGAUGAAUGGUAUGAGAAGGUGCCAUAGACCCCUCUGCUUCCCCUUUUCUCUAGCAUAAAUUUUCUUUGUAAAUUACCUGGGAAAACUUAUUUCUCUAAAACUUCCACAACCUAGGUAUCAUAGAUCUUAUAAAUGUCCCUCUAUCUCUUCAAUAUCUAGAGUCUCACUCACACACGUCUACUCUAUCAAGUCAGAUCUUCAGCUAGUCAUUUGUCCUCCUUCUUCAAUAGUACUUCAUCCAGCCAAAUAUCCUAAUACUGAGGAACAAUGUCAGGUCAACCCAACUCUUCCUACACUCCUCCUAUGCCACGGUGCCCAAAAUGUAGGGCUACCUUCCUUGAUGGCGAGUUUCUCCGUUCUCAUCAGCACCAAGCAGGCCACUUAAUGUGUGGCUCAUGCGAGGCGUCGUUCCACACAAUCGACGCCUUGUUCACCCAUCGUAAGAAUGAUCACAAGGCCGCCCAAGACCUGACAUGUCCUGGCUGUACUAAGAAAUUCACGAAUACCAGCAGAUGGAUAUAUCACAUCGAGUCAGGUCAAUGUUGUUCAAUUUUUCCCUCUGAUAUAUCUCAAGGGAUUGCCACGGUCAUGGAAGCUAUCACAAAGAAUUUGAUAAAGAAUCAGCUCCAGGGCGAAGGGAAUGUCGACUUUUCCGGCCCUUCUCAUAUCACCGAUGCUUGGGGUGAUGGAUGGACGAAUGCCCAGAAUUUAGAUGCCCAGAAGCACCCAAAAGACUUCCCCAAGGUUGGGAAGGAGGAUUUCUAUCAGGAAGGUUCAAAAAAUAUCGACCUGGCCGCCAGUGCAGGUGCCAACAAUCUUGAGCAGAAGACGGGAAACGUCUGGGCUCAGAAGAAGAAUCUUUUCCCAGAGAAAAAAAUGGGUUCAAUUGCAACACCAACACCUCAGUCAUCUUCUUUUGAGAAUCCGGAAGAACCUGCUCUCUUAGGUCAACCCACUGGAAAGCACAUCAUCGACCCAACCCACGAAUACUUUAAUGUGGCAGUGUUCUGGAACCCCAUCUUAGAGACAUACAUUUGUCCUCACAGGAAUUGCAAUUCAAAGUUCGACAAUUCGAAUAAAUUAGUAAGACAUCUAAAGUCCUCUACACAUUCUGGUGUUCGGUUCAAUUGCCCCGGCUGUAGAGCCAUGUACACGUCCGCUUCUUCAUGGGUCCAGCACGUUGAAACUGUUAGCUUAUCGAAAUGCCGCAUUAGAGAGUCGCGUGAAAUCUAUGGAUACGCAUUGAAGGAAAUUACUCAUGGCGCUCUAGACGUUGAUACUAUUGUCGAGCUUCCCAAUGCUACGGCCAAGGUGAAGGUCGUGGAAGACUGGGCUAAGGCAAAAAAGCCUGUCAAGAAUGAUUUCGUGCCAGGAACCAACGAAUAUGCUAACGCCAAACAAGCCGAGGCAUUGAAGAGACGCGCUUAAUGGAAUCUGGGGCGGAAUCAAGGACCUGAGCGAGUUAUGAACUAUUAUGCUACUUUUGAGGAAGUGGUUUUUUCCCCCGAUCUGACAUCCAUGGAUAAUCGCUGGUAUUUGCGCUUAGUGCUUCUAUCAUGCGCUCGCAAUUUCUUCAUUUCUCUAGAAAUCAUGCGUAUUUAGAGUAGUGACGCAAUAUUUAUUCUAGCUUGAGAUAGAUUGCUAAUAAAUCGAUAUAUUUCCCC